CCUGGACGUGAGUCGUCACAGUCACAUGCUGCUGCUGCACAACAAUAACAAGGAAGUCUGGGUGAUGAUCUGAGGACUUAUUGGCGUUUCUCUGCUUCAGAAACAUGAGAUCUUUAGUCAGUUUUGUGUUUUUUCUUUGUUGUUGUUGCUCUUCUGCAGUGACAGCUGGAAACAAACCAGUUCAGACAUUUGUGAUCCCUCACAGUCACAUGGAUGUAGGCUGGGUUUACACCAUCCAGGAGAGCAUGCACGCCUAUGCAGCCAAUGUGUACACCAGUGUGACCGAGGAGCUGUCGAAGGCCAAAGAUCGCAGGUUCAUCGCCGUGGAGCAGGAGUUCUUUCGACUGUGGUGGGAUACUGUGGCCACGGACUCCCAUAAGAGACAAGUGCGACAGCUUGUCAAAGAGGGUCGACUUGAGUUCAUUAUCGGGGGCCAAGUGAUGCACGACGAGGCUGUGACGGACCUGGACGACGAGAUAUUACAGAUGACAGAGGGACACGGUUUCCUCUACGAGACGUUCGGCGUGCGUCCUCAGUUUUCUUGGCACGUGGAUCCAUUUGGAGCCUCUGCGACCACGCCGGUCCUCUUUGCCCUGGCCGGGUUCAACGCCCACCUCAUCUCCCGCAUCGACUAUGACCUCAAAGACGGCAUGCAGAAAGACAAGAAACUACAGUUUGUUUGGAGAGGUUCCCCCUCGCUGAAAGAGAAGCAGCAGAUCUUCACUCACACUAUGGACCAGUUCAGCUACUGCACGCCAUCACACCUGUCGUUCUCCAACAGCUCCGGUUUCUACUGGAACGGAGUCGCCUUGUUCCCCGAUCCCCCUAAAGACGGCGUCUACCCCAACAUGAGCCUGCCCGUCACCAAGGAGACGGUUGAUGCCUACGCCAAGACUAUGGUGGACAACAUCAAGCAGAGGGCUGCGUGGUUUAGGACAAACCAUGUGCUCUGGCCAUGGGGUUGUGACAAGCAGUUCUACAACUCAUCUGUCCAGUUCAACAACAUGGAUCCUCUAAUGAAGUACAUCAACGAGAACAGCAAAGAUCUCGGGGUGACGGUGCAGUACGCCACUCUUGGUGAAUAUUUCCAAGCUGUCUACCAAUCAAAUCUGGUCUGGGAGCAACGUGGGAGUGAAGAUUUUCUACCAUAUUCCACCGAACCGCAGCAGGCAUGGACGGGCUUUUACGCCUCCAGAAAUGUUCUGAAAGGAGUCGCCCGACGGGCCAGUUCGAAGCUGCAUGCAGCAGAGACUCUUUUCACCCGGUACCGAAUCAGCUUCCCUGACGGGCCUGUAGCUAAAGACUGGGCCCUGGACAAACUGAGGGCGCUUCGCUGGGCUGUCUCAGAAGUCCAGCAUCAUGAUGGCAUCACCGGCACAGAGUCUCCCAAGGUGUCGGACAUGUACCUGCAGCAUCUCACGCAGGCCAUGAUGGGAGUGGAGGAGCUUCUGGCUGCGCUGUUCCUGCUGCCACACAGCCUCGUCUUACCCAGCAUCCUCGACAGAAACUACCGCAGAAAAGGUGUUCAUCAAGCUCUGGAGCAACACAUCAUUGUUUACAACCCGUUAGCGUGGAACACCACGACUAUCAUCAACGUCACCGUGAACUUCUCCAGCGCCGCCGUCUUUGACGACGACGGACAGCCUGUGCCUGCACAGAUCCAGAGGUCGGCACGGUCAAAUUCAACACACGACCUUUUCAUCGUGGUGAAACUCGGAGGCCUUCAACACAGGAAAUACCUGAUUAAGUUCUCGGAGAAGAAAUGCUCUGGGAGGUCCAAGUGUGUCCGGACUUAUCAAGCUCGAGGGGUUUUAUUUGAAAGACGCAACGUCCGGGACUGGCUGAGAACGGGGAGGAGGCUCCUGCCCGUUCUGAAUGAAUGUUACAAGCUGAUGUUUGACCAGGAUACGAAUCUACUGCACAGCAUCACUUAUCUUGAAGAAAAAAGGAGAGUGAGGAUGACUCAGGAUUUUUGGGAGUACCACGCGAAUGGAGAAGUAAAAACAGGGCCCAUCUCUGAUAACUACAUCUUCAGCGCUAAUGGCUCAGCUGUCCGGGCGUACAAGGCUGUGGAAAUGGAGAUCGUCCCCGGGAAGAUUGUGACGGAGAUCAGGCAGUACUUCUACAGAGAGGAAAGCGAUCAAGACUACGCCUACUCCAUCACCACCCGUGUCCCGGAGUGCUUUGGGAGCAGGGUACGGUGUCACAGGCUGGAGCAGACCUAUACGCUGGGGCCGCUCCUUCUCAACACAGAGGUCGUCCUCAGAACCAAGUCCUCCCUUAAUAACAACAAGACCCUGUACACGGACGACAACGGCUACCAGAUGAUGAAGAGGACACACAGGAAGUUUACGAACAACACCGUAGCAAGAAAUUACUUCCCCAUGGUUCGGGCUGCCUACAUCCAGGAUGACCUGACCCGACUGGUGCUGGUCAGCGACAGAGCCCACGGUGUGUCCAGCCAAUCUAACGGCCAACUAGAGGUCAUGCUCCAUCGCCGUCUUUGGAACGACCUGGCCUGGAACCUCGGCUACAACCUGACCCUCAACGACAGCUCGGUCGUAAGGCCCACCCUGUGGAUGAUGCUGGGCUCCAUCGGUGCCACGUCCAAGCUCUACCAGAGGGAGGCAAUAGAGCUGCAGCACAGACCGGUCGUCAUGCCCAUAGACCAACCACGUGAGAGAGAGAGGCCCUGGCAGGAAAAGAAACCCAGAGCGAGUUCUCCCGUGCCUUCAGUCGUCCUGCCGCCCAACCUCCACCUCCUCAGCCUCAGUAUCCCCGGAUGGAACUACAGCUCUAGCCACGAUGUUCACCUCAACCACGUUCACUCAGGUACGGAUUUGCACUCGGAGCCAGACUACGAUCGGGUCCUGUUGAGGAUCAUGCAUCUGUUCGAGGAGGGAGAAGACCCCGAGCUUUCCAAGCCAGUCACCGUCAACUUGAAGGAUGUUCUGCGGGGCAUUGGGGAAGUAAAAGUGCUGGAGGAGCGUUCUCUCACAGGAACCUGGGAUAUGAGCUGUCUGCAGAGAUGGAAGUGGAAGACUGAAGAUAACUUAGAAACAAACAACAAAAAGUGUUGGAGUUGCAGAAAUGAAGCGUUCACUGUGACCAUCUCGCCCAAAGAGAUCAGGACCUUCUUCGUUCACUUUGCCUCCAGGAACUUUUAGGUUCAACCUGUGAUGCCAAACCUUGAGACAAAUUCUGUUUUUAAAGUUGCUACACUGCUCUUUUUGCACAUUAUGUUGAUCUGUUGAGAAGCACUGAUGACGUGUUGAUAAAUUGAGAGAAUUCCCACUUUGAGUCUCCGCUGAAUAAAGUGAUUAUUUUUGCCAAACGUCUGACUUUUAUAACCGUGCCAACCAGCCAACGACGCAGUCUGAUGUUGGGGAUUUGUAUUAAAUUAUAGACGAGAAAAACUGUGGCCCAAUAAUAAUGUUGCUGAAAAGUUUCCCCUACCAUUAAAAAUAACCUGAAAAUCUGUUUUCACCAUGACUAAUAGUGGUCGAAGAGGGCUUAUUACAGAGGACAUGAUGUGUUAGCACUAUUGCAGGCAUGCUGAAGC